ACUUUAAUGUCACCACGCGUGAUGACAUGUGUUGUGUUUGUCGCCAGGGACGCUAAAGGUGCAGCGUCCCCUUUAAGAAGUCUGUCAGCUGCUCGGCGCGUGAUCACGGCGCGUAAACUGAACUGUGUUGUCUGUGGUUAGCAGCUAGCUGUUAGCUGUUAGCUUACGUUAGCGCUGCUCUCGUUCUUUAGCGUUAACGAAGUGGGACGCAGUUACAUUUCUGUUGUGACGAUCGGACCCGACAACAAGAGGCUCUCACCGGGUUCGUCUGCAGGAAACAUGACGACCGAUCCAACACUCGAGAGGCAUUUCAAGGGUCACAGGGACAAUGUGACAAGUGUGGACUUCAGCUGCAACAUGAAACAGAUCGCCACAGGCUCCAUGGACUCCUGUGUGAUGAUCUGGAACAUGAAGCCUCAGAUGCGAGGGUAUCGCUUUGAUGGACACAAAGAUGGUGUGACUUCUGUUCAGUUUUCUCCCUCUGGCCACCUGGUGGCCUCCGCCUCCAGAGACAAAACCGUACGUCUGUGGGUGCCCAGCAGGAAAGCUGAGUCAACAGCUUACAGGGCUCACACGGCUACUGUGCGCAGCGUUAACUUCUCUGGCGAUGGACAGAAUUUGGUCACAGCCUCUGAUGACAAGACUAUUAAAGUGUGGACGGUCCACAGGCAAAAGUUCCUGUUUUCUCUCAACCAGCACAUCAACUGGGUCCGCUGUGCCAAGUUUUCUCCAGAUGAUCGUUUGAUUGUGUCAUCCAGCGAUGACAAGACUAUUAAGUUGUGGGACAAGAACAGCAGAGAGUGUAUUCAUUCUUUCUAUGAACAUGCCGGUUAUGCAAACCAUGUGGACUUCCAUCCCAGUGGAACCUGCAUUGCUGCUGCCAGUACUGACAACUCUGUUAAGGUUUGGGACAUCAGAUCCCAUAAGAUGCUACAACACUACCAAGUCCACAGUGGUGUGGUGAACAGCUUGUCUUUCCACCCAAGUGGUAAUUUCCUCAUCACGGCUUCCAGUGAUUCCACCAUGAAGAUACUGGACCUUGUAGAGGGCAAGCUACUGUACACACUGCACGGACACCAGGGCCCCGUGACCUGUGUGGCCUUCUCCAGGACAGGAGAGUACUUUGCCUCUGGAGGCUCUGACGAACAGGUAAUGGUGUGGAAGAGCAACUUCGACAGCAGCGACUGUGGAGACACCGUCCGGCUACAACAUAAAACUACGUCCAGCAUGCAGGCACCACCAGCCAGCUCCACGGCUCAGCCCAACUUUAGCAUGCAUCCACAUGUGCUCCGCAGCCAGAUCUCUGACCCAUCAGAAGAUUUUAACAGACAGGAUUUCCAAACUUCCACCCAUCCCCGGAGCAGCAGUCGCAGCGGCAUCCACAACAGAGCGUCUCAAUCCCACACCUACAGAGAUCCCACCUCUUCCUCCACCCAUCAGACACAGACCCCGGGUGUACCGCAGAACUCGUCACAUGUUCAAGAACAGUCCCAGGCCUCAGAUGGAGGGGUCCACCCUGGUCUAGCCAGCACUCUGGAACACAUCAUAGGUCAACUUGAUAUUCUCACUCAGACGGUUUCAAUCUUGGAGCAGCGGUUGACACUGACUGAGGACAAGCUCAAGGAGUGUUUGGAGAAUCAGAUGGAGAUCGGUCUGCAUCUCCAGAGACGACAGGGGGAGGAGGAGGUCUAAAGAUGGCGGCGUCACGGCGAGGUUGAGCUGCGGUGUGAGGGAAAUGGGGUCACAUCCUCACCCGAAACAGAAACUAACAUCAUUGUUGUUGGAUCAAAGUAAAAUGUGAGAUAAAAGUUCACAGACAGCGCAGGGACUUGGCGUGAACAGUUUAACUGACUGGACCUUAAACGCACCUUGAGCCUGAUUUACUGUGUGUGGUUAUUUUGCCAAGAGAUAUCAGGAGUGAAGGAGGUGAAUAUUAGAGAAGUUGUUCCUCUACAACAGUGCUGAGAGUGCAGUCCCCUUUUCUGCUGACGAAGGACCUGCUGCUACCAGUCACCGUGGGUGUGUGUGUGUGUGUAUAUACAAUGGCUGCCUGUACAAAAGUGUAGACACACGCAAGAGACUUUGUUACUUGCCUAUGCACUGCACAUGCUCGUUUUUCUCUCUCUCUCUCUCUCUCUCUGUGUGUGUGUGUGUGUGUGUGUGUGUGUGUGUGUGUGUGUGUGUGUGUGUGUGUGUGUGUGUGUGUGUGUGUGUGUGUGUGUGUGUGUGUGUGUGUGUGUGUGCAGGCUGGCACAGGACGACACUAGCUAAAUGAUUUAUUUGCACUCAGGCCAAUACAUUGAUUUUAAAUUGCCGACAGAAACUCAAAGCUUUUUUUUAAUCCGCCUGAUAUUGACCUUAUUCACUUUGUUGCCUGCAGAUACUUUUUUAGAUUUUUGUUGAUUCUCCUCACAAGUAUAAGUACUCACAGUUUUAGACAAAGUAAAGCAUCACUGCAGAGGCAACACGGUGCCUUUACUUUGAAACUUCUCUGUCCGAUGGUAACUUUCAGGCAGUUUUUGAAGGAUUGAGCUGGUGAUGUUCUUUAUUUUUCUCGUCAUCAACAAAUCUCAAAGACCAAAAACCAACAUUUCAAUUGAGCCAAAUCCCGAUGUGUCAGUCAGCUCCACAAAAACAAUUAAAAGCACUCCUCACCAUUUAUGACACAUUCCUACAUUACAGGGGAACUGUAGUUUAUUGUGAGUCAUUAAUAUGCACCGGUAAAUACCAGGGAUCAAUAGAUUCCAUUUGUUCCACAUAAUUAAUACACAUUAAAUACAAUGUUUUUUGUACAUGGAAAUAUAGAUUUUAUGGAAAAUAUUUUUAACUUCUGGAAAAGGGACCACUUUCUAGGAUAAGUGCUCAUUUCUGAUUUGCAAACCGCUAUCAAUAAGGACACAUUUUAAUCAGUGCAUCCCAAAUUUAUAUUUUGAGAUAUACUUUACUUUGAAUAACAUUUGUUGUAGUAGUGUUGUAUGUAAAAGAAUAUAUAUAGAAGACCCUAUAUAUGUAUUUGUGACAUAGGUUUAUCAGUAGGAGCGACUGGGCUGAGGGCACAGACGAGGUGGGAAGGUCAGAACGUGCUGACAAACAAAGUAGUUCUUGGUUUUGCUCUCAUGAUUUGUUGACAGGGAAAAUAUUAAGUACAAUACCAGUCAUAUACUUGAAAUUUGUAUAAUGGUGCUUUUUUGCAUUGGCUAUAAGUUGGAUUUGUUUUACACUGUAAAAUCCUGAUUGUAAUAAGUGCAGUCUGGAACUUUUAUACGCUGACAGUAAGUUAUUGUGUCCUUUUUUAAUAAAUGUUUUCACUCUUUUA